AUGCAGUUCCUCCGCGAAUACAAACUCGUGGUUGUAGGAGGCGGCGGCGUGGGCAAAUCCUGCUUGACCAUUCAACUCAUACAAAGCCACUUUGUUGAUGAGUACGAUCCUACCAUCGAAGACUCCUACCGCAAGCAGUGCGUGAUUGACGAUGAGGUGGCGCUAUUGGACGUUCUCGACACAGCGGGCCAGGAAGAGUACUCAGCGAUGAGGGAGCAGUACAUGCGAACCGGCGAAGGCUUCCUACUGGUCUACUCAAUAACAUCGCGGCAAUCAUUCGAAGAGAUCCAGACGUUCCAGCAGCAGAUACUGCGGGUGAAGGACAAGGACUACUUCCCAAUAAUCGUUGUGGGCAACAAGUGCGAUCUAGAGGGCGAGCGACAAGUGUCAACUGAAGAGGGCAAGGCUCUGGCACGGUCGUUCGGCUGCAAGUUUAUCGAGACGUCAGCGAAGUCGCGCAUCAACGUCGACAACGCCUUUUACGACAUCGUGAGAGAGAUCCGCCGGUACAACAGGGAAAUGUCAUCCUACCCGUCAGGAGUACCAGCAUCAGGCAACCACAACGGGCCGACAGACCGGAUCGAUAUGGAGAAGGAAGAGAGGGAGAAGGGAUGCUGUGGUUGCACAGUGAUGUAA